UUAUUUAAAGGGCAGCAGCUCAGCAUCAGCAGCUUAGCGCUGGCUGUUUCCAGGGAGUAAAGUCUGAAAAGUUUUCCUGAGAAAGACGAUUGCUGAACAAACGGUGCAGAGAUGUCUCAGCUGUCUGUCCUGCUGCAGCUGACAGGCCUGUUCUUCAUGAUCUGCUCCACGUUUGGCUCAGAAUCCAGCGUGCCGUACCCGGUGACCUGUGUGACCCGCGGCGCCGACCUGGUGGAGGACGGCGUGGUGGUUCUGUGUCCUCCGGACUGCACAGAGAGGAGUGUGUCGGUGUUCGGGACGGGGAUCUAUGCCUCUGUCUCCUCCGUCUGUGGAGCGGCCAUCCACAGGGGGGUUCUGGGUCCAUCCGGCGGCCCCGUCAGAGUUCACAAGAUGCAGGGACGACACAACUACAUGAGCUCCUACUCCCACGGCAUCCAAUCACAGGCGCUGUCCCGCUGGAGCGCCUCCUUCAACCUCACCAAGCCUGUUAAUGUCCCUCUGGAGUUGACCAGUGAUACCAGUACCACAGCUCUGCCUGCAGCCGCAAAACCAGCAAAGAUACCCCAGAAGAAACCGUCAGUGAAGAAAGCUCUGACAGGCGGAAAUAAAGACUGUCAGAUGGAUAUCGCCAUGGUUAUCGACAGCAGCAACAACAUCGGAAAGCGGAGGUUCCGCCUGCAGAAGACCUUUGUCGCCAAACUGGCCGCCAUGUUGAGAGUCGGCUCAACGGGACCGCAUAUAGGACUGAUCCAGGCCAGUGAUUCUCCGAGGACCGAGUUCUUACUGACCAACUACACUCAGCCUAAAGAGCUGCUGUUUGCCAUCAAGGAGCUGGCCUACCUGGGCGGAGACACCAACACAGGUAAGGCCAUCAUGCACACGGUGGAGACCUUCUUCAGCCAGGAGAACGGUGGGAGGCGGGGUCACCCCCGGGUGAUGAUGGUGCUGAUUGACGGCUGGCCGUCUGACGACCUGGAGCGGGCGGCCAUAUUGGCCAGAGACUCAGGCAUCAACAUCUUUCUGGUGUCUGUGGCCAAACCGGUGCCUGAGGAGCUCGCCAUGGUGCGAGACAAGGACUUUGUGAAGAAGGCGGUGUGUAAGGACAACGGUUUCUUCAGUUAUUUGAUCCCCAGCUGGUUCAGCACCACCAAACACGUCAAACCUCUCACUCAGAAGCUCUGCUCGCUGGACAGCCUGCUCUGCAGUAAAACCUGCUACAACUCUGUGAACAUCGGGUUCCUCAUCGACGGUUCUUCCAGCGUCGGAGAAGGAAACUUCCAGCUGGUUCUGGAGUUCCUGGCAGGAAUCACCAGAAGCUUUGACAUCUCAGACGUCGGCUCUCACGUCGGUGCGGUGCAGUUCACCUACGAUCAGAAGCUGGAGUUCGGCCUGUUUGAACACACCAACAAAGAGGACUCCAUCAACGCCUUGAGAAGAAUCUCCUACAUGAGCGGAGGAACCGCUACCGGAGCCGCUAUCACCUACACCACCCAAAACCUGUUCAGGCGGAAGGGACCAGGCCGCAACUUCCUCAUUCUGGUGACGGACGGCCAAUCAUAUGACGACGUCAGAGGCCCGGCGAUGGCUGCACAGAAACAAGGCAUCACCAUGUACUCGGUGGGCGUGGCCUGGGCACCUCUGGAUGACCUCAAAGCGAUGGCAUCGGAGCCGAAGGACAGCCACACCUUCUUCACUCGAGAGUUCACCGGCCUCGCCGAGUUCAUCACUGCGCUGGUCCGAGGCAUCUGCAGAGACUUCACAGAGAACAACUAAAACACACACACACACACACACACACAUACGUUUGUACUAAUAUACUUGUGAUGACAACCUUAUAGCUGUGGUAGGCAAUUUAUUUUUGCUGCCAUUGGGCAAAAUGUCCAUAGUAACCCUUCAGCAUAUUGUAAUUCAAGUGUUCUGAGAGAAAACUAGACUUCUAAAUCCCUGCUUGGCUCUGUUGUUUUCAGGCUUUAGAAAAUCUAGUUGAGGGAUUCUCCAAUUUAUUAAUCAAAAUGUUUAGUUACUCAAAGAUUUUUAUGCAAUGUCUUUGGCUUUUAAGCAACAUACAUUCAAGUUGAGUUCUCUGUUUUCCCUGUCAAAAAAAAUAUAAGUCCAUCCGUACAGAUCACGGAUCAACUACAGUCUGCGUUAAACCACUACUGUGUAUUCAAAACACUGACAUUUUAUUAAUCAAUAGAAAAUGUAUUUC